AUGCCUGUCGAUCUGAAAGCUCUUUCGGGCUAUUGGUACGAGGUUGCACGUUCCCCCGAUUUGGAUGAGAGUGUAUGCCAGAAUUAUACCUUUCCGGCCAGCCCCAAUGCGGAUAAUAAGCUCGAAAUACAGACGGAGUACCAUGGCAUUUUCAAUUGGAAUAUUGGCGAGUCCGUUCAGAUGUCUGUCACCUACAAAUUGCUCGACACCGAUGCCACAUCAUAUGCACUAUUCUGUGGCUACAUUGGCAUCGCACCCGUGCCCCUUUUCAAGGUUCUGACACGCAAGCGAGAGCUGAUUACGGAGGAGAAAAAUAAGGUGCAGCAGAAAUUCAACACUUUUGUUGAUAAACAAUUGAUCUGGAUUGAGCAGUCUGAUGAAAAAUGCAACUCUGCAAUGCGAUCAGCUGGUGGAUUUAUUGUGGCUCUAGCUUUAGUUCUACUUAUCCGCCAAAGAAACUUCUGA